AUGCGUCGCCACAGUCUGCGCCUGCACCGCUGGAGCAUCUGUGACCCGGGCAGCCAGCGCCUCUCGGACAGCCUCUUCUCCCGCGGGCCCAGCUGCGUGUCCCGGUCCCGGUCAUGCGGAGGAGGUUCUGCUGGGGACUCGGAGGGCUGUGCGGCCGGCUGGUCCUCCACAGACUCGGUGAUCUCCUCUGAUUCAACCGCAGGAGAGUCGCGCGCCCCCGCUGCGUACCGCGUGGUGCUGCUGGGGGCCAGCGGGGUCGGGAAGAGCGCCUUCUGCAGCAUCUUCGCCGGAGCUGCAGACAGUCUGGACAGUGACGAGUGUGAGCUGUGCGGAGAUGAAGUGUUUGAAAAGGAGGUGGAAGUGGACGGAGAGGCGGCUACAGUGACUCUGAUUGACACGUGGGAUUCUGAGAUGGGAGAUGACCAGGACUGCUCCAUCCAUUCGGGGGACGCCUACCUGCUCCUGUACUCUAUCACUGACCGCUCGUCCUUCCUUCGAGCGUCCGAGCUGCGGAUCACUCUGCGUCAGCUGCGACCUCCGGAGCACACCCCCAUCAUCCUGGUGGGGAACAAGUGUGACCUGGUGCGGCGCAGAGAGGUGUCCAGCAGCGAGGGCCGGGCCUGUGCUGCUGUGUUUGACUGUAAGUUCAUUGAGACGUCAGCCGCCAUGCAGCACAACGUGUGGGAGGCGUUUCACGGCAUCGUGCGGCAGCUGCGUCUGCGCAGAGACGUGAGGGAUGCAAACCAGCGCCGCCGCUAUCUGAAGAACAGCUCACGGAGAGAGAGUCUGCCGCUUAAAGCCAAACGCUUCAUUGACAAAGUGGUGGCCAAGAACAACCCCAGUGUGGCCAUCUGGCUCAAGUCCAAAUCCUGCCACGACCUGUCAGUGAUGUAG